AUGUUUUUGCCAAAGCUCGCCCUCGUAGCCUCUGUUCUCGUGUCCAGCAUCGUGGCUUCGCCCUACAAGACACAUUCUGUAGAAAAACGAGGUCAGAAUGUCAUCAUCGGGUACAGAACUGUAGCAGAGGCGCAAGCAAGAGAGUACAUUGCAGCAAAGACGCUCACAUUGACCAAGCCUCCCGUGGGCAUACAAAUCGGCACGGGCGUGUACACGUCUCCGGCGCCGGGGGAAUGGCCCGGCGGUCCUACUUCUUGGUACUGCGCCAUCCUCGCCGAUGCAGAGGCUCUCGCCAACACGGCCAAGGCGUGGGUGCCAAGCACGUACUGGUUCAAGGGCGACGGCGAAAUUGACAGCUUCAUCAAGGCGCAAGGCUUGGACCCGCUCAAGACGAUGCGCAUGUCCCUGAUUGACGGACUUGCGAGCCGACAGCAGAUGGUCAUCCCGACAGGGCUCCUGAACCACAAGGGCGGUGGUCUGAGCCUCUCGGUGCUGUGCAAGCAGAACGUGGCCGAGCUGCCCAGCGCGCGAGUCGACUAUGAGAGCGAACACUUCAAGAAGAAUGCCAAGGGCGAGGUGCAGAAACCCGUCAACCCGUGCAAGCGGGCCGGGGCCGGGGACUGUGUCGAAGAAGCUGCCGAGGAAGGCGCGGCCGAGGAAGGCGCUUCUGAGGGUGCUGAGGAAGGCGCGGCCGAGGGCGCCACGGAAGGUGCCGUCGAGGGCGCUGCCGGAAACUUGAUUCGCGACGCCGACCUGCAGGCCGCGCUCAAGGCAGGCCAGGUGGGCGAGUACCGGUUCUUUGCUGCCGGUCUCGAAAGUGCCGGGGGUGCCGCGAUCGAGGGCGCGGCGCUAGAUACUGUGAUUGCGGAGGCCGACGCGGCAGCCGUCAGUGUAGCGGCCGAAGACACCGCCGCGGAGGCCGUGCUUGCUGAGGCUGGCGAAACGAGUAUCAUUGGCGAGUUGCUUGAGGUUGUCGUCGAGGUGGCCGAGGUGUGA